AUGUCCUCUUCCCUCAUUGACAGCCCCUUCAUCCAUCCUGCAUGGUAUCAUAUAGUCCCACCUACCUAUUCGAGAACUCAUCCGAAUCAAUACAACCCUUACGAGUAUCAGCAUGAGCCCAAUCGAACUUUCAACCUCCACAGUCUAUCACCUUCACCACCUCAUCCAAUCCCAUCUUUCACUUCUUUCCCACAGGAAACUACAUUACCAGUGACACGUCAGACAGGAAGACAAGCUCAGAAGGAGAUCGAGAAAGGAGAUGGAAAAUCGUUGGACCGAUUUGCGUUAUCGUACACACCACAAUGGCUUCAACAACUUCCAUCACCUCUCAAUUAUCUAUAUCUUGGGCCUUCUCCACCAUUUCCACCACCAGACUAUGCUGCAGAUGUCUUCACACCCAAACUUCUGUUCAAUCCAUUACCAAUCAAGGAACAGUGCCCUUCGAUCCUCUCUCUCAUCCCUGCCAAAGGUUCAUCACUCCCGUUGCAACCUAAAAUCACUACUUACAACUUAGAUUACUAUGCGAGACACUUCUCCAACCUAUUAUCGCUACAUCUUUUCGCGUCGUUGGAAGAGACGAGUCGUUCAUCCAUCCCAUCCACCCUGAUCCAGCCUUAUCCCGUCCCCGGCUUGCAGAACACCUAUCGAAUUCAUGUUCCUGGUGUCCGUGAAGAUGCACCUCGACUGAAUAUAGGAGAUAGAAUGAUCAUACGCGGUCUGUACCAGCGUCUUAGACAAGCUAGUCAGAAUGCAAUGGAAGCGGAAGUGGUGGGGCUGGAAAAGGCCAAGAGCUGGGUGUACGUGCAGUCACCGUAUUUGGAACUUCUCGAUGGAGAUAAAGUUGCAAGUGGACAGGGUAUCAGGCAAGAUAACCAGUCCCCUGGUAUCCCUGCUGACAACGACUCUGGAAUAAGGUGUCAAAUUAAGUUUUUGUUGAAUGCCAAAACUAUCUGUGAUAUGCAGGACGCUGUCAGGACAUUCGGGCUACUGCAUGGGAUAGGAUGGGAGACAGUUCAGCGAUGGCUUUUCCCAGAGAUACAACAUGUACGGGAAGAGAUACAAGACCGUCCUCUGAUGAGCAUUGAAUGGGUAGACCCGGGAUUGAACGAUGAGCAGAAAAGUGCAAUCACGGCUAUAGUAUCAAGAGAUCAUAAAGUGCCCUAUCUCAUCAGUGGUCCGCCUGGUGUAGGUCCAUUUUUCUCAUUGCAAUCUCUGCCAGAUAUCGCGGCUUGCGCUAACUGUCCUUGUUUAAUCGUCCGUAGACUGACACUCGUCGAAGCUGCUCUGCAGAUCCUUACGACCCAUCCCGAUUCCACCAUCCUGAUCUGCGCUCCAUCCAAUUCAGCUGCCGACACCCUUGCUCGUCGACUUUGUGUCCCUGCUGCCUCCUCUGCAUCUAGGCCUUAUGUCGGACCAGGGACUGUCCUCCGACUCAAUUUGCCCAGCCGGACAUUUGCUGAAGUGCCCGACGAGAUACUACCCUUCUGCUACAUCACCCCGACGCCGACAGGGACAAGCACUUUUGGGAUACCUUCUUUCGCAGAAUUGAUGAAGUUUCGAGCGGUGAUAUGCACAUGUCAAGACGCCAGUAUACUGGUCACGGCCAAUGCGACGAAUAUAGCCAUGAUGAAGGCGGAGUCAGAGAUGAUGGAUACGUUCCAUCGGGUGUCUGACUCCAGCGUGACAAGGCAUGUGCACCCACAUUGGACCCAUCUGAUGAUAGAUGAGGCUGCUCAAUCAUCGGAGCCCGAAACGCUCCUACCACUCUCAGUGGUGGUGCCCUAUCCUCUUCCCCAAGGGUAUCGUUCAGUCGAUCCAGUGGUAGUUCUUUGUGGUGAUAUUCAUCAACUCGGACCUGUCAUUUCAUCACCUGAAGCUAGAGAUGGAGAGUUGGACGUAUCCCUUCUCGAACGGCUUUCGCAACAAGAAGUAUACGCGUCUCAUUCAAAUGCUCGGAAGAAUCAGAAAAUUGCGAAUGGAGCUUGCCCAUCAGACUGGGAAGGUCCGUUCACGAAUCUCAUACAAAACUAUCGGUCAAUAGCUCCCAUACUCAUGAUACCCGCCGCUCUAUUCUAUGAGGACACUUUGAUUCCCUCUGCCAGAGAUGUUGAACUACUCAAAUGGCAAGGAUUCCCCAAUCCGAGGAUCCCUAUCUUGUUUCAUGGUUGCGAAGGUGAGGAGAAUUGGAUUGACGAGGUAAGCAUAUCGUGGUACAAUUCCAGCGAAAUCGAAUAUAUAAACGAUUUAGUUCAAUCCCUCAUAGAAACAGUCGUAGGGCUCAAGCAGAAAGAGAUCGCGGUGAUCACUCCUUGGAGGGAACAGGUCUGGAGAAUACGUUCGAAGUUGAGAUCGAACAAUUUACAUGCGGUUGAUGUAGGAAAUGUGGAGACAUAUCAAGGUGCCGAAUUUCGAGUGACCAUCAUUAGCUGUGUCAGGUCUAGAUCAAGAUUUCUGGAUGAAGAUAGGAGAAUGAACAUGGGGUUAUUCAACGAAAGGAAACGAUUCAAUGUAGCAAUCACGAGAGCCAAGGAGAUCUUGAUCGUUGUAGGCAAUGGUAAUUUGUUGAAGAGGGACCCGUAUUGGAAUGGGUUCCUUCAAAUCAUGCUCAGGAAUAACCUUUACAGAGGACCAGAUUUGGGUCUGGAAACGACAGGAGCGUUCAUUUCACGCUUAGAAUCUACCAUCCAUCGCAACGAAGAGCACGAUCCGGAAGAAGCGGUCUUACGAUUAGCAGGAGCUUUGGCUCGAGAAACUUUGCGGGAUGAUUGA